AUGGCGGCGCAGAACGCGGGGCUGCUGCAGCAGUGCGCGGGUUUGGCCCAGCCGGGGGUCGUUCUCGCUGCUUCUUCACACUGCUCCGUAAACAUAUUUCACCUUUCUUCCAGUGUAUUUUGGAAAUCAAAAGAGUGGAAUACCAAAACUUCAACAUUUGCUUUGGAUGAGCCUCUGACAAAAUCCAAAAAAAAGCGUGUUAAAAAGCAUAAGAGACCAAGAACCACAAGUAACCAUGAGGACUCUAUAGAGCAGCUGAUUUAUGGUCAAAUGGUCACAUUCCCUUGCUCUGUCUGCAACCAAGAAAUCAACACAGCUGGGACUUUUCUUCAUAAGAAACAUCAUAAUGCUCUGAGUACACUGGGUUUCCAGUGGAUGGGAGGGAAGAAACCGAAGCCCUCAGUGGUCAGUAUUCAGAGACAGUUUGUAAUUUCUAAACUGUUGACAUCCUUUAUGUUCAGUGAAAAAGUCCUUCAGAGUAUGGAUUAUGCAUUUGAGCUGCUUAGGAAGAGACAAGUCCCAUCAUACUUCAGACUUUGUGAUAAGGUGGGCCAGACUUCUACACAUUCUCCAAAAAUCUGCCACCUGCUGAUUAAAGCUGUAGCCAUCUGUGGUAACAGUAAUUCAACCUGGAAUGCCAACCCAAAUGGUAAAUUCACAGUCACAAAUGAUUUUGGUGAUAAAGCUAAUGUGUGCUUUUUUGGUUUGUUUGAUGGCCAUCAUGGCGAUGCAGCAGCAGACCUGGCAUCAAAGGAGUUCCAGGUUUUACUUCUCCAUCAACUGUCUACAAAGGAUCCCUCCUACCAGAUGACAGCUGAGCAGCAGCAACUAAUCAAUUCCUUUCACACCGUGUUCAGGGAAGAAUACAGGGCCAUAGAAGAGAUCUUUUCUUCCACAUACAAAACCUUCAGAACCAAUAGACGGGAGUAUGAGGAAAUACACAAAGCCUUUGCAAAAGCAUUUUGGAGGAUGGAUAGGCUCCUACGACUUGGAAGGAAUGAGGUUUCCCGGGUUCGGUGGAGUGGCUGCUCUGCGCUCACUUGUAUAUUAGAGGGUAUAAUUAAGAACCCAUACUUUAGUAAGGACUGGGCAAAAAUGGAUCAGCAAGGCAGUGACAAUUUACCCUUUCAGAAGAGCCCGCAGAUCAUUUCUGGGGUACUACACAUUGCAAAUGCUGGUAAUGUGCAAGCAGUCUUAUGCAGAAAUGGAAAAGGAUUUUGCCUGACCAAAGAACACACUACACGAAACACCAAGGAGAGAAGAAGAGUCCUUCAGAGAGGAGCAGUAAUCAAUUCAAAUGGCCUCCUGGAAGGGCACAUAAAAACCACCAGGGGUCUUGGAUUCCAUGGAAACCUCACACUGAAGAAGUCUAUUAUUCCAGCACCCCAAACAAUUUCUGUCCCUAUAGAUGAUUUAUGUCAAUUUCUCAUCUUAGCCACUAAUGGGCUCUGGGAAGUUCUGGACAAGAAGGAAGUCACUGCACUGGUAAUUACCUUGUUUCAUGCAUAUAAAGAAACAUAUUCUGGUCCUGAAAACAAAUCCUGGCCAUCUAAAGAGCCUUUUUCCCUAUCAGACAAUAAUAUUCGUGUGCUGUUCCAGUACAAACCUGAACUUGAAGAAGUUAUGUCAACUACUAAUCUAACAAAAAGGUCAUCUGAUACAAUAUAUUCUCAAGCUUCCAUUUAUCAGGCUAAAAAUGCAGAAACAUUUCUCCCAGAAACGACUAAUUAUGACACUUGCAGCAAGAAAGAAACUAACAGCCUACCCAGUAUAGACAGUAAGACAGGAAGUGAGAAAGAACUAUAUGCUAAGAAUUUCUAUGAAGGUGCAGCUGAAUACAUUAGCCAUGAACUUGUAAGUGCUGCCUUAGAAGGUGGUUCCAGAGACAGUGUCACUGUUAUGGUAAUACUGCUCAAUGGGAGUGAUUAUCAGCUGCUAACAUAACAACAUUCCAAAGACCCAGAGCAGCAAACAGUACCACAGACUCCAGUGCACCAGACU